AAGAACAUAAAAAGAACAAAACUGUCAAUAUUAUUAUUGCAUGUAUUGAAAUACUUUGUCAGCUUUUAUAUAAUUUAACAUGAAGUGGCUCAUUUUAUUUGCUUUCGGAGCUCUGUGCGGAUUUGCUGGUGGCGACACCUUGUGCUUCAAGGAAAAAUCACUGGAGUGCAAUCGUCAGUUGCAAAAAGAGAUUUUAUCCGACUUUUCGUUUUGUAGCCUCCAAAAGAGAGUUAUUGGUUGCUUGACCAAACCGGCUAUUGACUGCGAUUUGAAAUUCAAAUCCGUUGCCGAAAAAGUGGAUUCUAUUGUAGCAAAAAUAUGUGAGAAAGGUUCAAAGAUAUAUGAAGAGUUGGAUAGAAAUAAGGAAUGCAUCACCAAGGGAAUAACAGACAGAGAAUGCCUUGAACCUGUUCUGAACAUUCUGGGUAAAGGCUCUCCGAAAGAAGUUUUGAACGUUCAAAAGGAAACAUGCAGGAGUUUAAAUGAAAAAUAUUGUAACAACAUGGGUUUUUUCAUCCUUUUCAUAGUAUCAGUUUUAAUUGGAUCCGUGUCCUGUAAAAAUGAAUGCUUCAAUGAUAAAGGAUCUAGAUGCGUUGAAAAAGCACUUACUAGUGAUUUAGUAUCUGAUAUGGAUAAGAAUUACUGUGAAGUGGCAUUAGAACUGACGAAGUGCCUCACAGAAACCACUCUUUCCUGUGGCAUGAAUUUUAUUCCAGAAGCUAAUGCAGUUAGCUACGUUGUAACGGAAGCGUGUAAGAAAGGCUCAGACAUAAACCAAGAUUUUAUGGCACAUGAGCAAUGUUAUGUGGAAGUUGUUAAAGAUCCAGAAUGCUACAAGCCGGUGUUUGAUGUUGUGAAAGGGAAAUUAACUGGCCGGGAAUUCUUGAAAGGACAGAAAGAGGCUUGCAAACUCACAGAUCAAGUGUCAAAGUGCCUGGCCGAGAAGGCACGAAACAGAUGCGGCAAGCAAACGGUGUCUUUCUUCGAAUUUCUCAUUCAUCCGAUAGCUGAGCUGAACAAGAGGGUCUGCGAAGACGUCCUCAUCCCAGCAGAUGAAGAAAAAGGCCUGUUCAUCAAUGCAGGACUUCUGGGAAUUUUUGAGCUUAUAACGAUGGCGCAUGAGCAUAAAUUUCUUUUAUUUAUGGAUGCUUUUUUCAAUUAAUAAAAUCUGUUUUUUUUAUGUAUAUAAAUGCAUUUCCGUUGUAGUCAUUUCAGUAUGUUGAAAAUUAAAUAAUUUUUGCCUGUUAUGUAUUGCUUGUGUGCUUAAAAGUGGAAUCUAAACGUAACAUAUCUCUGCUACUAAUAAAGAUGAAACGGAAUAUUUC